CUUACCUGUCACUACUGCUACUUAUACAUGUACCAUAAUAAAGAGAGAAACUUGUAAAACUCACCUACUUCUCUUCUUGUGCCAAAUUUUUGAUCAUUUUCUGAAUAUCCAUCUUCCCAUCUACUACUAACUCUCUAAUGGCGAAAUCUGUGAAAGAAUUGGGAAAACAAUGGAUGAUCUCAAGUUUCAGCAAAAGGGGGUUCUCAACAGCUUGUUCGACUUUAAAAUCUUCUUCAUCUUCUAGGUCUACCAUGGAAAAACAGAGUGGAAAAUCUGUGAAUCUUUUUACUGCUAUUAAUCAAGCACUUUAUAUUGCUCUGGAGACUGACCCCAAUGCAUACUUGUUUGGAGAAGAUGUGAGUUUUGGUGGAGUUUUUCGUUGCUCAACAGGAUUAGCUGAUCAAUUUGGUAGUAAAAGGGUUUUUAAUACCCCUCUUUGUGAACAGGGUAUCGUUGGAUUCGGUAUUGGUCUCGCGGCAAUGGGGAAUCGGGCUAUUGCUGAAAUUCAGUUUGCAGAUUAUAUUUUCCCGGCUUUCGAUCAGAUUGUGAAUGAAGCGGCCAAGUUUAGAUACCGAAGUGGGAAUCAGUUCAACUGUGGAGGUUUAACAAUAAGAACACCUUAUGGUGCUGUGGGCCAUGGUGGCCAUUAUCAUUCACAAUCGCCGGAAUCAUUUUUUUGUCAAGUUCCCGGACUCAAGGUUGUCAUUCCGCGAAGUCCAAAGCAAGCGAAAGGUUUAUUAUUGGCUUCAAUACGAGACCCUAAUCCUGUCAUAUUUUUUGAGCCAAAGUGGCUUUACCGUUUGGCAGUAGAAGAAGUUCCUGAAGAUGAUUAUAUGUUUCCCUUAUCUGAGGCUGAGGUUAUUCGUCAUGGCAGCGACAUAACACUUGUAGGAUGGGGAUCUCAGCUUGCAGUUAUGGAGCAAGCGUGUGUGGAUGCUGAAAAGGAGGAAAUAUCUUGUGAACUGAUAGACCUUAAAACUUUGAUUCCAUGGGACAAGGAAACAGUAGAAGCCUCUGUCAGGAAAACUGGAAGGCUACUUGUUAGUCAUGAAGCUCCAGUGACAGGAGGAUUUGGUGCUGAGAUUUCUGCAUCUAUUACGGAACGCUGCUUCUCAAGGCUAGAAGCUCCUGUAGCAAGAACAUGCGGCUUGGACACUCCUUUCCCUCUCGUGUUUGAACCUUUCUUUAUGCCCACCAAGAACAAGAUCUUGGAUGCAAUCAAAGCAACUGUGAAUUACUAAUAUACGAGCAGUUGACACAAUUUUUGUUGUUCAGUAAACCAGUCCGUUUAGACAUGGGUGGAAGCACAUUCUUAUAGUAGUGAUAUGAAAAUUUAAUAAAUCUCCUUUCUCAUCAAAUGCGUUGUUCCAUUUUUUUUUUAAAUGAAUAACCAGCAGGAUUUACACUUUAGACAUAUGAAUAAGAUGGCAAGGCUGCAAAAAAUUUCACACAAAGAAGCAGUAACCACAA